AUGUCCUCCCGCGUGGACGCCGUGGCCUCCAAGGUCCAGACAGCUGUCACCAUGAAGGGGGUGACGAAAAACAUGGCCCAGGUGACCAAGGCCUUGGACAAGGCUCUGAGCUCCAUGGAUCUGCAGAAGGUGUCGGCGGUGAUGGAUAAAUUUGAGCAGCAGGUUCAGAACUUGGACGUUCACACGUCGGUGAUGGAGGACUCCAUGAGCUCUGCGACCACCCUGACCACGCCCCAGGAGCAGGUGGACAGCCUCAUCGUCCAGAUCGCCGAGGAGAACGGCCUGGAGAUCAUGGACCAGCUGAACCAGCUCCCCGAGGGGGCCUCGGCAGUGGGGGAGAGCUCCGUGCGCAGCCAGGAGGACCAGCUCUCCCGGAG